AUGAGGGCGAUAUUAGUUAGAGCUCAAGGCUUGAUUGUGUUAAAUGUUGCUUCAAGUGGUAUUGCUUCUUUACUUCUACCUGGGGGAAGGACCGCACACUCUAGAUUUUCUAUUCCAAUAUCUAUAAAAGAGACUUCAACUUGCAAUGUCCCGCAAGGCUCUUUGAAAGCUGAGUUGCUGGAGAAAACAAGUUUAAUAAUAUGGGACGAAGCACCAAUGCUGAACCGUUUUUGUUUUGAAGCAUUGGACCGCACCUUAAAUGACAUAAUGAAGUCACACACAAAUGUUCAAAGUGGCAUGCCUUUUGGUGGUAAGGUUGUUGUUUUGGAGGGAGAUUUUAGACAAAUUCUGUCGGUUAUUCAGAAAGGUAGUCGAUGUGAUAUUGUUGAUGCCACAAUUAAUUCAUCAUACAUGUGGAAGCAGUGUCAUGUUUUUAAACUGACCAAAAAUAUGAGGCUCCAAUGUGCUAAUUCUGUUGAUGAAAAUAAUGAAAUCAACAAGUUUGCUGAUUGGCUAUUGGACAUUGGUGAUGGAAAUUUGAAUAGAACCGAUGAUGGGGAUUCUACUAUUCAGAUACCUGACGACCUUCUUAUUCUUGAUUCAGUCAAUCCAAUUCAAAGUUUAAUGGACUUGGCUUACCCUUCUAUGUUGCAAAAUUUGAAUCAAAAUAAUUACAAUUUUUUUGAAGAAAGGGCUAUUUUGGCUCCUACUUUAGAAAGUGUGGAAGUUAUUAACAAUGAAAUGCUCUGUCAAAUCCCAGGGGAGGUAAAAGAAUAUUUGAGUUGUGAUACUACUUGCAGGUCAGAUGAAGACUCCGAGGUUGAAGCUGAAUGGUUCACAAGUGAGUUCCUCAACAAUAUUAAAUGUUCAGGUAUACCAAAUCACAAGCUGAUUUUGAAAGUAGGUGUUCCGAUUAUGUUAUUGCGUAAUAUUGACCAAGCCGGUGGACUAUGUAACAGGACAAGAAUGAUUGUCAAAGACUUGGGAAAAAUGUUAUUGUUGCCAAUGUUGUGUCUGGAAAACAGUUAG